AGAGUGAGCAGAGCUAUAAAAAGUUUAUCGGGCAGGUAGAGCAACACGAGCUGGGAGGAACAUCUGAUCCCAGGGUGGAAAUUCAAGCAGAGUCUAUAAAAGUGAGGCUGCCACCACAAAGACUGUUAUCUGCUUUUGUUUUGGACCUGAGAGGACACCAAGUCCACAGAGAAUCAGCAUGUCCCUCACUUCCAUCUUGUCGGGUGAAGACAUUGAAAACGCUGUGAAAGACUGUCAAGCUCCAGACUCAUUCUGCCACAAGAAGUUCUUUGGACUAUGUGGCCUCUCCUCCAAGACGCCCCAGGAGAUCCAGAAUGUCUUCCAAAUCCUCGAUGAGGACAACAGCGGCUACCUGGAGGAAUCGGAGCUGAAGUUUUUCCUGCAGCGGUUUGUCCCGGGAGCAAGAACGCUGACUGAGGCUGAAACCAAAAGCUUCAUCUUGGCGGCGGAUGACGACAGCGAUGGAAGGAUCGGAGCAGAGGAAUUCCAGAUGAUGGUUCUGUCCUGAGUCUUGCAUGUGGAUCAGUUUGCACCCAUUUCCAUUGAUUUUUUUGUGGUUUUGUUUUCAUUGGCUUGUAUUUCAGUAACUAUUAGAUGCUUAAUUUCCUUCCUAGCACUCAUUAAUCGACAAUAACUAUUAAAGUUUGUCCUUCAAACCUGUGACAAUGAAAGAAA